CUAAUUUUUUUUUUUUUUUUCUAAUUCAUCUUCUUCAUUUCCUCGCUUCCUUGUUCGAUUUACGCGAUCUAUUAUCGGUUGUCACCCUAAUUACUAGUUUGAACUUCAUAGUUUUUCUUUAUGAUUUCUUAUUAGACCGUUUGAUGGUUUUAUUAGAACAUUUGGCGAUGGAUGAUAUGGAUUUAGCAUGAGUGACAAAUUGAGUCCUAAAUUAGUGUGUGUUAUAUAAUGUCUUCAAUUUAUAGGAUAUGAAGAGUAACCACUAGCCCACAAUUCUAUCACAUUAAACAUUCAAUCAUAAACCACUAAUUUUAUCGAUUUAAGAUCGUAUUCUUAAAACAUAGAACCAAUCCCAUUUUAUCUUGGAGCCAUGUCCAAACAAAAACCAGAGCCUCUGAAACAUUCUGCAAAAGAGCAUUUCUCUGUAUGAUUCGCUGCUGAAAAAGAAAAGCAAAAAAUGAGGGAAUCCCAUACCCAUACCGUCCCAUCUCUGCUCUGCUCUGCUCAUCAGUUUUCAGCGGUAAUGGACGGAAUUCACCGAAAACCAUAAUAAUGCAUCGUGGAGAGGAAAGCAGAGUGAAGAAGAAGAAGAAGAAGAAGAAGAAGAAGAAGAAGAAGAAGAAGAAGAACAAGGCUUCUCUCCUUCUGCUCAGAAGCACAUGGUCAUGGCGUACGUUUCUUACAAAUAUAUGCAUACGUAUGAGAUCCUACUGCUCACACAGUCACACUUCACUUGCUAUUUGAGUUCAUCAUUUCAUACACACUUCUGUAAUAUCCUCAACUAAUGAAAGAGCAGCUUUUCCCCUCCCAUGCCAUGGCCACCGCCCCCUAAUUAAUUGAGAAAGGAACUGUUCUCCACCUGCCACAACACCUUUUUCUUUCCUUCCCACCUUCAAAAAACAAAAUCAUUCCUUUCUUUUGCUUUGAUUUUUCUCUUUACACAGCCAGUUCAAUUCCAGGGUAGCUUGCUCUGUUUUUUGAACACUCUGAAAACAAUUACUUCAUGCAUUGUUCUGUUGCUUUGUCGCAAACUAAUGAAACCCACUUGUUUUGUUAUGGUGGGGUUGAUUAAUAAAUGGAGGAGGAGAAGAAGUUAAUGAUAGAGAGAGAGAGAUAAGGGGGAAGCAAAGAAAUGAAAGCAACUGGGCUGGCAGAGGGAACUGCUAGUAGUAGUACACUGUGCUGUUGCAGUGUGAUAAAGGAAAGAUACAGAGAGAUCUUCAAAAAAUCUGUAUUUUCCUAUUUGUUGAGAACUGAAGGAGGGAUUGCCAAAAACAGGGGGUCUGCUGCUUCCUGUGAAGCGACAGCUCAGCUUAAGGGAGGGCAAGGCCAAGGCAGCAAGCAAUCCCUUUCCUAAAAUACAAACCCAACUAUUUGCAUUUCAUUUCCCUCUCUUGAUCUCUAGUACCCUCAUACGUCAACUGCUCAGUCCUUCUCUGCCCUCUCUUCUCUUUGAUACAGAGAGGUGGCAGCAUUUGGGGACCAUGGAGUUAAAAUUUUGUACAAUAGUAAAAUGGUAUAACUUAUUGAUCGAAAUAUGAUACUUAGUAUUGAUAAUAGAUUGUUACAAAUUAAAUGGAUCCUCUAAUAAUUUUGUUAGUUAACAUUUGACGAAUGUGUUAGACGAUUGAACAAUAACUUUUACAAUUGACGAAUUCUGCGAUUCACCAUUCGAUAGAAUUCAUUAGCAAGCGUUCUCGUCUAGUUUUUUAUUUUAUUUUAUUUCUGAGUGAUAUCAAUGAGAAAUAAUAGUUAAGCUUACAAUUCUACCGAGGACCCCUAACGAAUUCUAGAGAAGCCACCCCAAGAAAUCAAAAGAUUCUAGCUCUACAAGAGAUAAAAGCAGUGCUUUACGCGCCACUCUAUGGGCAGCACUAUUGGCGGAUUUAGGUACCGCCCUAAACUCUAUACAAACAUACAAAGAGCUAAGGAUCUGAAGACACUCUCGUAGCGUUCUCGUCUAGUUGCCAACGGAAGUAUCGAAUAUAUGAUAAUUUUGUUGUUGUUUAGAAUGUAAUUCCAACCACUGACCCCAAUCCACAUUCUUACCCACCUCUUAAUUUGCUCUAUAUUUAUGGUAAGUGGAGCAUUAGUGUGGAAGAGUUGCAGGUAAUUAGAGCUGCUAUUGAAGAACUUGCACCGAAAAACAGAGCAGCAUUCCUCAUUAGUUCUGGAAACCACUAAUUUGGGUUAGAAGCUAGAACUCUUGUUAUGGAAAGGUCUCGCUUUCAGAAUUGAUUGCAAGAUUUGACUCUUGACCCCCACCCAAAAAAAAAGAAGCAACCCGUUUUCCUUCUUUUCCUGGUCCACUGGUCAAGCAUUCGUCACGGUUAAUGGGAAAAAGAAGAAGAUGAAAAGGAAAGACAAAACUGAAACGCUGGGCUUCAUUCAUUGCUCCUCCGGCCACCUGUGUUUUUAUUUCCACAUAAACCCCUGAAUUUCCUGGCCUUACAAUUUGGUCCUCCUAUGCAUAGGUUUCGUUAGGGCUGUUAGCGGUGUGGUUUCGGUUUUAACCGCACCGCCAAAUCGGUUAGCCGAGACUGAUGAAGAGCAUAAUUCAACAACCGCAACCGCAAUCGUAAGCUCCGGCGGUUAGCCGAAAACCGCAACUGCCAACAUCGGUUCGGUGAGGCGGUUAGCUGAUAACAGGUAGCAGCUAGCUUUACGGAGAGACUCGUCAGCGAUAGUUUAAGGAAUGACGACGAGAUCUCAGUUUCUGACAAGGACGACGGGCUGACGACGGCGUGAGGACGAGACAACGACUGGAUGUGAAGAAGAGGUCGACUGGGCGAUAACAAAAAGCAACUCGACGGGACGCCGGCGGGAGGAAGAGAUGACGACUAGACGAGAAGACGAUGUCGUCCGGCACGAGGAUGGAAGCUGGUUGCAGCAAGAGGCGAAAAUCUGGAAGGGAAUGGAGGAGGCAUGGAUGGAGGAAGUUAGGUCAUGGGAUUUGGAUAUGGAAUCGACAAAUUGGCUUUGCGGUGUCGUCUUGACGGUUUUUGCGGUGCACCGUCGGUUUCACGGUUAGCAACCGAAGACCGCCCGGUUAGCUGCUUCCCCUAAUUCUCCCAACCGACACCGCUAAUCGCAAUUGAUAAACGGUUUUCAGUUAGCCGACUAACCGAAAUUAUCGGUGCAGUUUUACGGUUAACAGACUAACCGGCAACCGUUUAUCACCCCUAGGUUUCGUAUAGCACCUUAGAGAAAUUGGUAUUCAAAUCAUUGUUUUUUUUGUCACAUCAUUGCUUUUAUUAUGGUUAUGGACUUAUGGUGGCCGGCUUAUGAUGAAUAGCAAUGAGUUUUAUGAGGAGGAAAUAAUUCAAAAUCUAGACC